AUGAGCGACAAAAUUCCAUCAUGGAAUCUCGUCCACAAGCUGGAGAAGCGCUCGCUUCUCAUUGGAAUUAACUGUGUCGCUGCACUAUCAAUCCUGUUUUUCGGUUACGAUCAAGGAAUGAUGUCCGGUGUCAACAACGCGAAAGACUACAUCGAUCUCAUGGGGUUCGGGUACACUAAAAUGGUUGACGGCGAACCGACCCCAGUGGUGACAAAUUCAUUGCUCCAGGGUGGAAUCGUGUCGGUAUACUACCUUGGAACCCUUGUCGGUGGUCUGUUCGGUGGAUGGCUUGGAGAUCGCACGGGACGGAUCAAGACCAUCGGCGCGGGCGCUAUCUGGGCUAUUGUGGGAGCGGCUUUGCAAUGCUCAGCCAUGAACCAUAAUUGGAUGAUCUGCGCGCGCAUGGUAAACGGAAUCGGCACCGGCAUUUUGAACGCUAUCGUUCCUGUCUGGGCUACUGAGACAGCCGAGCAUACCUCGCGAGGUCAGUUCAUUGCGAUCGAGUUCACUUUGAACAUCUUUGGUGUUGUAUUGGCAUAUUGGCUUGAAUUUGGUUUGUCUUUCAUCGACAAUGGAGAGUCUGCUUUCCGAUGGAGGUUCCCAAUCGCAUUCCAAAUUGUCUUUUUGAUCGUUCUCUUUGGCUCUGUAUGGUUCUUCCCGGAAUCUCCUCGAUGGCUGGUCAAAGUCGGUCGCGAGGACGAGGCUCGAUACAUCCUGCAACGUUUGCGUGGAUCCAGCGGAGAGGACCUUGUCCGUGCCGAAGCCGAGUUCCAAGAUAUCCUGAGCAUUGCCGAGAUGGAAAAGACCGUUGACCAUGCGGAUUCCUACUGGUCUAUGCUGAUUGGCUAUAAAUCUGGUGAUCUUCACAUCGGUCGCCGAGUGCAGUUGGUGGUCUGGCUGCAGAUUAUGCAAGAAUGGGUCGGCAUCGCGGGUGUCACCGUCUAUGCACCUACGAUCUUCAGUAUUGCUGGAUUUGACUCUACAAAAAGCCAAUGGAUCAGUGGACUGAACAAUGUCUUCUACAUGUUCGCCACGCUGGUUUGUGUUUUCACCAUCGACCGUCUUGGUCGGCGAUGGACGUUGUACUGGGGCUCGGUUGUGCAGGGAAUUGCCAUGUUCCUUGCCGGUGGAUUCUCCCGACUCGCCAUCGAUGCCAAGGCUGUUGGUGACAUGGGCAAGGCAUCAUCAUACGGCGCUGCAGCAGCCUCGAUGAUCUUCAUCUUCACAUCAACAUUCGGAGCCACGUGGCUGACAGUACCAUGGGUAUACCCAGCCGAAAUCUUCCCCCUGGCUGUUCGCGCCCGAGGAAACGCUUUCGGUGUUGUUGGUUGGAGUAUUGGUAAUGGAUGGCUGACUCUUCUUUGCCCUGUGAUGUUCAGCGCUAUCAACGAAAAGACCCUAUACGUGUUCGCGGCCAGUAAUGUCAUCACAAUUCCCAUGGUCUGGGCGCUGUACCCGGAGAGCAACCAACGCACUCUUGAGGACAUGGAUCUUUUAUUUGCUGCCAAGACCCCAUGGGUCUGGGACGCUGAAAAGACAUUUGCGCGGCUCAAGGCCGAGAACCCGGGCAUGGUUCAGGCGCUCAGUCGCAAGGGCAGCGUGGUGGAUCCAGAGACCGGAAAGCCUCUCUCAAUCGGCGCAGCAGCAGCACUUGCAUCAUCCAAAGCAGGCGAUGAUGCCACAGGAGCGGAGCAUGUUGAUCGUGUUUAG